AUGGUAGUGCUCCAUGUCGAUGACGACAAAGUCGUAGCUGGAGAGGCCAACGAUCUAGGCGAGGGUUGUGGAGAAGGAGAUGAGGUAGUUGUUGCGGUGGAGGUGUGGUCGAAAAAGGUGGUUGAUUUGAUGGGUGAGGAGGUGGCAGUGAAUUUUAGGGUUUUGACUGGUGGCGGCUUUGGGUGGCAUUGGGUUCGGUGGUGGUUCUUGUCUGAUGGUGAAGUUAGGGGAAGGAGAGGGCACAGAGAGAGAUGA